GGAUUGCGUCAAUUCAGGCUUCAUCCUCUUUGAGAAUCUGGGAGACAAGCUUCCCAGAAGAGCCAAAGCGCGAACAGGGUGGUAUAUCGCUGCGCGAGGGUGAGGCUGACUUCUUCCUUGCCUUUCUGCUUGCUGGCGCAGGUCUGAGACUCUUCCCUUUCCCCACAGGGAGCCAGUCUUUGCCAUCAGCACCGCGGACAACGCACAGGUCCAGGCCGGGCCGGUGGAGCCGGGCUUUGACUUUAGCACCGCGGACAGCGCACAAGUCCAGGCUAGGCAGGUGGAUCCAGGCUUUGCCGUCAGCACCGCGGACAGAGCACGCAGCAAAAAAAUAAAAAUAAAAAUAAAAUGGCACCGAUCACCGCCAGCCGUGAGGAAUUUGGUGAAAUUCCCACUGUGGUGGGGAUCUUCAGUGCAUUCGGCCUUGUCUUCACAGUCUCUCUCUUUGCCUGGAUCUGCUGCCAGAGACGCUCAUCCAAGUCUAAUAAGACCCCUCCAUACAAGUUUGUGCACGUGCUUAAAGGAGUUGAUAUAUAUCCAGAAAACCUAAACAGUAAGAAGAAGUUUGGGGGAGAUGACAAGCAGGAAGUGAAGAAUAAAGCAGCUGUGCCAAAAAAUUCACUACGUCUCGAUCUUGAGCAGAGAGAUCUCAAUGGCAACUUUCCCAAGACAAAUCUCAAUGCUGGCAGCCCUUCUGGUCUGGAGAAUGCGACCCCAAAAGUCUUUCCAGAAGGAGGAAAAGAGGGUCUUUCCCCUGACAGCUUAAAGUCAAACGUUUCCCUGACAUCAGAAGAGAAGCAGGAGAAGCUGGGGACACUGUUUUUCUCCUUAGAGUACAACUUUGAGAGGAAAGCAUUCAUGGUCAACAUCAGGGAGGCCCGAGGCUUGCCUGCCAUGGAUGAGCAGUCGAUGACCUCUGACCCUUACAUCAAGAUGACGAUCCUCCCAGAGAAGAAGCACAAAGUGAAAACCAGAGUGCUGAGAAAGAGCUUGGAUCCUGCUUUUGAUGAGACGUUCACGUUCUAUGGCAUUCCCUACACCCAGAUGCAAGAGCUGUCUCUGCACUUCACAGUCUUGAGUUUUGAUAGGUUUUCCAGAGAUGAUAUCAUUGGGGAAGUCUUCAUUCCACUUUCAGGAAUUGAAUUAUCCAAUGGAAAAAUUUUAAUGAACAGGGAGAUCACCAAGAGAAAUUCUAGGUCUUCUGGACGGGGUGAAUUACUGAUCUCUCUUUGCUACCAGUCUACCACAAACACACUCACUGUGGUUGUCUUAAAAGCUCGACACCUGCCUAAAUCUGAUGUGUCUGGACUCUCAGAUCCCUACGUCAAAGUGAACCUGUACCAUGCCAAAAAAAGGAUCUCCAAGAAGAAGACUCAUGUGAAGAAAUGCACACCCAAUGCUGUGUUCAAUGAACUGUUUGUCUUUGAUAUUCCUUGUGAAGGUCUUGAAGAAAUAAGCGUUGAAUUUCUGGUUCUGGAUUCUGAACGGGGGUCGCGGAAUGAGGUGAUUGGGCGUUUGGUCCUGGGGGCAGCUGCAGAAGGAACCGGUGGGGAGCACUGGAAAGAGAUUUGUGACUUCCCCAGGAGACAAAUUGCCAAGUGGCAUGUGCUCUCUGAUGGUUAGCUCCCUGGCCACGAGUUGGAACUUCAGGAUUUUUACUAAGUGAGGAGGGAUUUUCUUUCUUAUAUGUGAUUGUAAGUUUAAAACACAACAAUCUACCUUUUUUUUCUUGUUUGGUUAGAAGUGGAUUGAAUUAGUAGACCAGAAAAUAGAUGUGAAUGUGUAUCAUGAUGAUUUCCCCCUUUAUUAGAGGAGUUGGAUACAUUUUCAUAAGUUUUACUGUCCCCUGUGUAAGACAUGGGGGCAGCCAUAUCUUUUAGGAGAAUUUCAGCUCAAUCCCAAGUCACAGAUGUGCUUUGUAGGUGAUGAUAAAAUUGUCCUGUGUCACCAGAAAUUCAGGUGAUGGUCAAAAAUUAGAGUAC